AAAAUUAGAUUUUAAGUGAUUCAUCAGUAUAAACGGAGAGCAGACUUUCUAUAAAAGAAUUUCAGAAGCCAUUACCGAGAGAACCCUACCUAACCCAAGAUAGUCAAGUCGGUUAGACUCCGGAGGAUCCGUGACAAUCCCUGAACUACAGAGGCCAAGUCAGUGAUCAAACUCUCGACAAUGCCCUUUGAAGUCGACGUUCCGAAGAUCUGCGAGCAGCUGGAGGGCACGGAUCGCCGCCAGAAGACCCAAGCGUUAGCCGGUAUCCGCGAUCUUAUCCAGAACUCCCCCAAGAAUGUGAGCACCGAGGACAUAGCCGACGUCUUCGAUCAACUAUACCUGCACCUGCUGAAGGCCUAUGACGACCGCUUUGAGAGCGUCCGCGACCACGCCGUACAGGCAGUGAAUGCUUUCCUGCAGCUUCUGCCCCCCAUGGACUUCCACGUGCUAAACGUGGUCUCCACCCUGGCGGAGCGCAUGGGAAAGGCGGAGACGGUGGAGCCCAGCGAGGAGAUCCGCCUCCUCUACAUAGCGCAGCUUCAUCUGAUGGUGCGCAAGUACACCAAGAUGGGCAAUGUGGGAGGAAUCCGAGAGUGCUACCCUCAGGUAGUGAAAGUUCUGAUCAAGUCCAUCAAGGAUGACUACCCGUUGGUGCAGCGAGAGGGCUGCGCCACGCUGGUAGACCUCGCCAAGGUGGCCACCACCCAGGAGCUGCGUCCUUUUUGCGAUUCCCUGGCCGUCGCCCUGUACGGCAUGCUGAACCACAAGCACGCACUGUCGCGGAUAUCGGCGGUGGAGGCCAUCGGAAGCAUCAGUCUUCACAUCGACGCCAGCGGCGAUAACAUGCGCCGGCUCUUCAACGAGAUCUCGCCCGUGCUAAUGGAUUCGAAGCCGCUAGUGCGCCGCAUGGUGGGUCAGGUGGGAGUGAUCAUGUGCCUGGAGCUACCCGACCGUUACUCCUUCUUCGAGCGCAUUCUUCCCAUGAUCCUGUGUUGCCUCAAGGAUGAUUGCCCUGAUGUAGUGAAGGACAUCUCUGGGAAGUGGCUGCUGUGCGGAAAACAAUACUUCUUCGAAAACGAGGCCGAGCUGAGCCAGCAGGAGCUCAGUGACCCGCCGGUCGAGAACUACCCGAAGAACGUGCUCCGCCCUACGAUCGGGUGUCGUGGACUCGUACAGCGCUCCCUAAGGCUGCUCCAGCUAAUCACCCGGGAGACCGGCGACUGGAAAGAAAACGUGCGGCUUCACUCGCUCAGGCUCCUCUACCAGUUCGUCCUGCACGCCGAAGCGGCCAUGACUCCAAAGUUCUUCGAGAUCUACAGCGACGUUGCCUACGCCUGCAUCGACCCCGUGCCGGAGGUCAGUGCCGAAGCGGCCAAGGUAGCGGACCUGAUGGGGCGACUGCUGGCCUACGAUGCCUGGAUCGAGCACGGAUUCACUGGGCUGGAGCGCAACGCUCGGGAGUCUUACAUGCGCUGCUUCUACUACAUGUUCACUGCUUCGCUAGGCGGCGACUACGAGCAGCUCAUGCGCCUGGCGAAGAUGCUCCGGGAAGUCGAAUACUCGCACACCCUGAAGCCGGGCUUCCAGAGGUACAUCCUUAAGCUCCUGGACACGGUGCUGCAAAAGUCGCUUAAAAUAAACGCCGGCCAGGAGGAGCUUACGGAGCUCUACAAGUGCGUCUACGUGGCCUGCAUCAAGGUGAUGGCACUUUCGCACUCCCUCACCGGCGGCAGAAACAAGGAUGUAGAGUUCGGGCAGACCCUAAUCGAGAAGAUCAUUAGCUUCGAGCAGGUAUCGGAGGCCAAGCUUCACGAGCGGUGGUUUCACCUCGCCCUGAAGGACGUGGAGAACCUGGACGCCACUCUGGAGGACAACGCGGAGCCCGUGAUGCUGCUGGACGGCCUCAUCAACAUAUGCCUUAUCCGAGCCACCUACAUCUCGGAUCUCAUAGACAAGGUGAAGGUGGUGUUUGCUCACUGCUGCGACAGCGCGCAGGUGAGGAUCUUUAGCACCCUGUCGAUGGCUUCGCUGCGCUGGUCGCAGACCGUCGACAUAGAGCGGGAGCAGAGCACCCAGCUGCUGAGCCACUUCAUCUCGGAGGUGGUGGAGCCGUACCUAACGUGGCAAGCCGGGUCCAGCGCCGAGGCCAUGAGGUCUCUGGCCAUGGCCACGCUCUGCGCUCUAGCCCAGGGAGCCGAGGAGGAGGCCCUGGAGGUGCUGCCUCCCCUGGCGAAGCACAUGCCCAGUCUGCUCGAGGACCGCAACGUCUCCACCAGGCACUUCGCCAUCAAGGCGGUCGUCUACUUCCGUGGCCUGUCCGUGGAGGAUAUCAAGCCCCUCGGCUAUUCCACAUUGCAGCGCAUGGACGACCCCUCGGCGGAAAUCCGCACCCUGGCCACUAUAGCUGUGGGCAAGCUCAAGCCGAAGUUUAAGAGCGAGUCCGAGGAGGGCUCUAGCGGUGAGAGGGAGGUGUGGGAGACCUUCGUGAAGCGGGCCAUGGACCUCCUGCUGCUCCACUACGAGAGCCCCGAGAAGGACAUUCGGGGGGCGGUAGAAGUGACUCUCAAAGAGCUGAUUCCGUCCUAUCGGGGAGCCUGGGAGGAGCGCUACCAGCGUGCUCGGGCGAUGUGCCCGGACAAGGAUCAUCACGACGAACUCUACAAGAAGGUUUCUGGGGAGGAGGCUCCCAGUCCGCCUGAAGCCACAUAGACUACUCUAGGCGUUUAAUUUUAAAUUUAUUUUUGUAAUUAUUCACUUAGCGCUAAGCCAACGACCCAUUCAGCUGCAAUUCUAAAUAAAUCCCUAAACGUAGGCGUCCAGACUGACGAGAUGGCAA